AUGCCCACCAAAGCCCAGCUUGAAGCCGAGCUCACUCGCAUCAAGGAGAGUGCAGCUGAAGCCGAAAGCCGAGCCACAAACAAGCAGGCACUGCGGGUUGCCGCAGAAGAGCUCGCAGCCGCCAAGGUCAAUGAGCUCAAUGCCGCCCAAGAGGAAGCAGCAACAGCUGCUCAGCUGGCCGCCGUGGCAAGCACGGCAGCGACCAACCAGGCACCUGUGGCACCGCAGCCUCCCGCAAACAAUGCACUGAUCCCAAAGCCAUGCGGAAUGCUGGGGACAGGGAAGGGAUACACCGUGCAACGUGCGAUGGGGCUCGCAGAUGACGACACAAAGUACUUGUUGUGUAUUCGCGUUGUUCACGAAGUCACUAUGGCCUUGAAGAUCAACUGGCAGAAGGACUAUGCACAUCAAGACCCCCUAGUCCUUUGUCGUCUCUUCCGUGCGGCCCAGGAGGCAGAGCCGUACCUUGCCCGUUUUCAGGCUAGCUGGGCGACAGCAGAUCUCUUGAAGCAGUUCUUGUGGAACCACCGCAAGAACACGGUCAAGAAGGGGUACAUCCCUCGCCGUGCUGAACGUCUUCAGGGCGGUGGCAGUACUGGCAAUGGCAGCGCGGCACCAGCUGUGCAGGCCAAUGGUGGUCCCGACAUGGAGUGGAGGGACAUGGACUAG